AUGGAGAAAUGGUUUCCCUUUCUAAAGGAGGAAGAAACUCAAAUCUUCUCCCCUCGAGUUGAGGCUGUACUUGCGAGGAUCAAAGAUAUUCGCAAGCCUUGGCCUGGAGAGAAGGUUGUUGUUGUCUCUGAGUUUGUCCUUUUCUUGGACAUCAUUAAGGAAGCAAUUGAACGGCGCAGCAAGACAGACCCCAAUCUCGGGAUCCGUCUUGCUGAGUACAAUGGCACUGUCAAUCUGGAGGAACGCUCUCGGGUCCAAUAUGCUUUCAACCUACCAACUGGUGGACCAGAAGUUCUUCUGCUUACUGUAGGAGCUGGUGGGGUGGGCCUCAACCUUGCCAGGGGUAAUCGGGCAAGUCCACAGGCUUCACCAGAAGAAGAAGACCUUCUAGGCCUCAACCUUGCCAGGGCCACACACAUCAACACUGAGCCUUUCUGGACACUUUGGAAACUGAACCAGAUCAUCAGGCGAGCCCGUUGGCUCCCCCAAGACAAGACAGUCCAUAUAUGGCACAUGAGAGCCCACCCGUCCGAGAUCGACCUGUUCGUCCUGAAUCGACAGGCCCAGAAGGUCCAUUUUGUGAGACAGCUUCUCCAUGCCGUUACAGGAGAAGCAGAUAUAAGGGCUUCUGAUUAG